ACUGUUUCAUUAAUUGAUUUCUUCACCACAAAGACUAUCAAUCAGUUUCUGAUCAACAAAUCAAGUGUUCAAUUGAGACGAGUCUUAAGCCAUGCAUUACUACAGAGUCUUACUCUCUGUUACUCAUCUCAGGACUCCGGUAUUGGUCUCGCUAUCGAUGGUCGGCGCCAACCGCUGGCGGCGACACAACCGGACGGACGACAGACCACUAGCGGCGGACUUACAGCCAAAGUACUUGUUUGGGUCACUCGGCACGGGAUGGCCGGCGGUGUCGGGCCUAAGACAGGCUCGUAUGGAGGAACCGUCCGGUCUUAUUAGACAGGCCUUCAAGGGUUUGGUAGCCGUUGAACAGCGCGUAUACGAGGGCGCUGUACCAGAGACUGCGCCGACCGCAGAGCCGGCCAAACCAUAUAAGAUACUGAGCACCGGCACCGGGUUUAUAGUGAAAACGGAUAGAAUGAAUUACGUGGUGACCACCGCCCGGGCCGUAGGCAACGCUAAGUACGUGAUUGUGGGCACCGCCGACAGCAACAAGUGCGCCUGGUGUCACGUCAGGUACCGGGAGCCCGAGUUGGACAUGGCUUUGGUCGAGUGCCCGGACAUCCAAGCCGUUCAACCCAUGGACUUUGUGGCCGACAAAGUAAUACAAGAUUUGCUGCCAACGCGCGAUGUGCUACAGGUGUACAGCGGGCAGUACAACAUUGCCACCGCCGGCGUAGUCAGCUGUGCGAACCGCACCGGCGCCCAGAUCACCAAGAUUGGCAAGAAGUACGGCUUUAUCACACCCAAAACGAGUUACAUACAGCACACGGCAAAUAUUCCCUUUGACUCCUAUGGCGGCCCACUAUUGGACGCCGUCGACGGCAAAGUGUUGGGCAUGUCUUUCUACCUACAGCUGGUCGACAACGUGACCCUGUAUUUCGCGAUACCCAGCAAUGAGAUCCGC